AUGGCUGUCUCCAUUCUCAUCCUUUUAUCUGCCCUUCUCUUGUGGACGCCGCUCAUUUCUGCCGCCCUACAGAACGUCACCAUCGACGACGCUGAUGACCGAUUCACAUACUUUCCGUCGAAUCAAUGGACAGCACGGCCGGGACCUUGUCCCUCCUGUGAAGCCCAACCUAACGCUACUAUGGCAUACGACGGUACCUGGCACGACACAUCCUACGCUCCUGGACAGAGUCCCGCGCCGCUCAAUGCCAUGGUGUCAUUCAAUGGCUCUGCUGUCUACGUGUACUGCAUUAUCUCUCAUUCCUCAAGCGAUCCCGACGGCGAAUCCGAUUUGCAGUUCAUGAUCGAUGGCGAUAUCGUUGGCUCUGCAAACAUAACACCCACGGGGUCGUCGACUUACAGUUACAACUAUCUGGUCUAUAGCGGGCAAUUCCCCACGGGCCAACAUACAUUGACCGUGAUCAACGGCCAAGAUGGCGGACCGAGGUCAAUGAUCUUGCUGGAUUACAUCGUAUAUACAAAUGGGUCUGAUUCGGACUUCACGUCCUCGUCCUCGUCCUCGUCAUCGAUAUCAACAACCACGAUGACCCAUACCUCUUCGGGUGCUGCUACGGACACGGUUACGGAAAGCAAGAAUUCGUCUGGAGGUUCAUCGUCUGCAAAGUCUUCCACCAGCUCCCUAAAUGGGAGCACGGCGACUUCCUCAACACCUUCCAACCAGACAUCAAUGGCGAUACAAGCCAGCCCCAGCACGGAGACUCACACGCCUAAUGUCCCUGGUUCUACGAGCAGUCAGGGAAGCACGACCCCAAGUGCCAGCAAUACAUCCACUGGUACUUUGCGGUCCAAUGCAACUAGCAGCUCUAGUUCGCAGACGCGUACCGUCGUGCUCGUGGCGGUUGUUCUCGGGACAGUUCUCAUACUAGCCAUCGCAGCGCUCUUUGUUCUAUGGAGGCGCCGUUCAGCCAGACAGACGCAUACGCGCACUGCAAGACCCUUCCAGCAGCUGAGCUCCCCCUUUGUGGAGGAAGAUAAAGAGUUCUGUUCUGGAGCUCAAACGCCCCACGCUUGUCUGCAUGGCAGAUGGUCCGCUUUGCUGGAUUUCGCGCGCCUCAGUGCUCGCCGUGAUGAGAUGAGAGACUUAUCUGAACAAUGGAUCAUGCACACGCCACCAGCACUUCACGAGAUUCAAUCGAAGCAUCCGCGGGUUUCAGUGGUACCCUCCCCAUCCAGCGAGAGGUAUCCACACAUUGCUUCCGAGGGUUCGAUCUCAAGCGAGCAGCUUGUCGCGAGUAUGGAAAUACCCGGGAUUCACAAUUCGGUUUUUGACAUAUCGAUGCAGCAGUUGGCUCCCCCGCCGCCCAGCAAGACGGAUCGGCUACGAAGUCACGCCUCUAUGUUGCAGCUGCGCGAACAACUCCAGUCGAAUGCAGAUGGUUCCCGCGAGCGCAACACACGCGACGACCAUACGAUCGCCACACGGGGAAGUACUGCGUCGAAUACCUCUGCGAUCACACGCUACGUACCGCCAGUACCUCGCGCAUCAUAUGUCCAGCCGCGCGCAGAUGGAGGAGUGGGGGAAUACCCUACCAGCGGCGGCAACGCGAGAGAUGCGAAGGAGCGUGCGAUCUGGAGCAGGAACGUUCCGCAACUGGAGGAUAACAGGCCACCAUCUUAUCACAGCGCUGGUGAGAAGGUGUCAGAAUGA